UUUCUUUCCAAUGUAAUAUUUGGAGCCAGUCCCAUAGUUCUAGUCAAACCAAGCAUUCUGAGAGUGCAGUGUGUUGUUGGGGAGUUUUUGUGAAGACAGCAGCGAGAGAAGGAGAGAGAGAGAGAAACCGCCUCCUCCCUCUCUCUCCUGGACCCGGGGAUGUUGAUAUGCGUUCCAUGGAUUCAAAGACUCUCGGUUUGUUGGUGGGUCUAGGACUGGCUUGUCUGGCGUGGGUCUCUGUCCGAGCUAACGACCAAUGGCAAGAACGGUUCAAGGUGGUCUUCACACCGACCAUCUGCCAGCGGACUUGCCUGAAGGGUCAGUGCCAAGACAGCUGCCAACUGGGUAACACUACCACCCUGAUCAGUGAGAAUGGACAUGUUGCUGAUACCCUGACGGGGUCUGGCUUCCGAGUGGUGGUGUGCCCGCUCCCCUGCAUGAACGGAGGGCAAUGCAGCUCCAGGAAUCGAUGCCACUGCCCGUCCAACUUCACCGGCAAGUUCUGCCAGAUUGCGGUCAGCGGGCAGGGGCAGCCUCACCAGCCGCAGGCAGGCGAGCAGCUCCCGGACAAGGUCUCCGAAGCCUACAAACAUUCGGUCUUCACCCUCCAGCUCACCCCGGACUCGCAGGGUCCCGGGGACCAUUCCCCGGGUAAGUACAGCUACGGAAUCGUGAGUUCCGGAGGACCUCAGCACAGACCGGAAGCACAGCCUCAGCCUGUCAUAAAUCUGCACGUCAGGCAUCCUGCGGAAGCCACGGUGCAGAUCCACGGGGUCUCCAGCCUGGGCAGCUACCUGGGGGAGCAGAAGAACCUACUGCACCAGCCAAUCCUGGUCCACCACCAACCCGUGCAGAAGGUCAACCAUUACCCGCCCAGGACCCUCCCCACCUCACAGAAGAAACUGGGCCGCUGCUUUCAGGAAACCUUGCCGAAGAUGUGCAGUAAGCCACUGCCGGGUCUGACCAAAGAGGAAGAUUGUUGUGGAAGUGUUGGAGCAUCUUGGGGGUUCAGUAACUGCAACAAGUGUCGUCACCAGCACCACUUGGCUGACCCAAAAACUGGCAUCAGCAGUGGGGUGGAAUGCCCCCAAGGCUACAAGAGACUCAACAGCACACACUGCCAAGAUAUCAACGAGUGCUUGAUCCAGGGAGUCUGCCAGAAUGCAGAGUGUCUCAACACACAGGGGAGCUUCCGUUGUGCUUGUAAGCCUGGCUUCAUGAUGGGUCCAUCGCGGACGCACUGUAUCGUGAUGGAGAAGCCUGCUGAGAAGGGACCAUGUUACCUCCUGGUCAAUGCUGAUGAGGGCUGUACCUACCCUCUGCGAGGGGAGCUGACCAAACAGCUCUGUUGCUGCACGGUGGGCAAGGCUUGGGGUUCUAGCUGUGACCCCUGCCCUAACCCUGGAGCUGCGGAAUUCCAGGAGACGUGCCCGGCCGGAAUGGGUUACCAUUUCUCCAGCUCCCACCAGAAGAUCAGCAUCCCGCCUGGCAGCAAUAUCCUGCUCCGUAUCGAUCCUGACGGCAAGGCCCGGAUUGUCCAAGUGCCGGUCACUAUGCCUCCCGCGGCCACACCUGAGGCAGAUCCCAAGGAUAACAUCGAGGCUUCCACAGUUGCGAUGUUACCCACUUUCAGUCUGAGAGAGGAAGCAUUCUCCGCCAGUUUUAUCCCCUUUGCAUCAAGGUUUCCGGUAGAAUUGGAAACACGACCUACGACCCCUGCAAUUAAGGUACCUGCCCCACCUCAGCCCAUGGAGUUUGGCCCUUCCCAGGUCAUCGAAAUGGACACGUGUAAAGUGGAUCAGGGGAUCUGCGGGCAUGGAGUGUGUGUCUAUGACCCAUCUGGGUACACCUGCGUCUGCCACACUGGCUACCAGCUUCAUACCCAUAUCAAACACUGUGUGGAUGUGAACGAGUGUGAGGACAAUCCCUGUGGGGCCAGAAAAGGCGAGUGCAUCAACUACGUUGGGACCUACAGCUGCCGCUGUUACCGAGGUUACCAGUUACAGGAACUCCCGGAGGGCAGCAUCUGUGUCGAUGUCAACGAGUGUGCGGACAGUCGCUUAUGCACCAACGGACGAUGUCUGAACACCGAAGGCUCUUUCUACUGUCACUGCCAAUCCGGGUAUCGCCCAGUCAGCCAUCAGACAGCCUGCGAAGAUAUUAAUGAAUGCAACAACCCGAAUACCUGUCCACGGGGCAAAUGCAAGAAUAAACCUGGAACGUAUGAGUGCGUUCCCUGUCCAGAGGGAUACCGGAGUCAGGCUGGAGAGUGUUAUGAUGUUGAUGAGUGCCUUGACCGAUCCUUCUGCUUAAACGGAAAGUGUGUCAACACAAAGGGAUCAUACAGCUGUACCUGUAGCAAAGGAUUUAAACCUGCACCUGAUGGAAAGAGCUGCCAAGACAUUAAUGAGUGCAGUGAUGGGCAGCUCUGCGCCAAUGGCCGCUGCUUGAACACAGAGGGGUCCUUCCAAUGUCGCUGUCGCCCUGGCUAUCGCCUGACUAACCAUCAGACUUCCUGCGAAGAUAUCAACGAGUGCUUGGAGGUAGCAGGGGUCUGCAACAAUGGAGAGUGUAUCAACAUGCCAGGAUCCUACACGUGCCAGUGUCACCUGGGUUUCCAACUGUUUGAUGACACAAGGUGUAAAGAUAUCGAUGAGUGUGCCUUGAACCGCUCGCUAUGCAUGCCGAACGGCGCCUGUCAGAACACAGAGGGCUCAUUCUCCUGCGUUUGUGACACUGGCUUCAUCCUGUCGCUGGACACAUACACUUGCGAAGAGCCCGAGAGGCCCGAAGACAAGAAGGAGUGUUACCUCAGCCUCGACGACACGAUCUUCUGCGACAGCGUCCUUGCAACCAACAUCACAAAGGAGGAGUGCUGCUGCUCCCUAGGGGCAGGCUGGGGCGACCACUGUGAGAUCUAUCCCUGCCCUGUGCACAGCACAGCUGAAUUUCAGUCUCUCUGUCCGGACGGGGAGGGAUUCCUGGUGACCGACGACAAUCUGUUUGGAGUGGGGCUUCCAUCAUACAGAGACAUUGACGAGUGCACGCUGUUCGGCCAGGAGAUCUGCAAGGAAGGAUUCUGCAUGAAUACCCAGCCUGGCUUCGAGUGCUACUGCAAGCAAGGCUUCUACUACGAUGGGGCCCUGUUUCAGUGUUUGGAUGUGGAUGAGUGCCAAGAUGUUCAGAGCUGCCCCAACGGAAGAUGCAUCAACACCAAGGGGUCCUUCACCUGCCACUGCCCUCCACCAAUGACCUUUGACAAGGUGAAGAGGCGUUGUGUGCAGCCUGUGGUCCUUAUUGACAGGGCAGACACGGACCGCGACCUCUGCUGGAAGCAUGUCAGCAAGGAUUACAAAUGUAGUCAACCUCUGUACCAGACCACUUUCUCGGAGUGUUGCUGCCAGCACGGGCAGGCCUGGGGCAUGGACUGUCGCAUGUGCCCCAUGAGAAUGUCAGCCAGCUUCUCUCACCUGUGCAACAUAACACGAUGGGUUCCGAAUGUGCGGCCAGGCCGAGGCGUGGAUCCGAGACAGAAUGAACAGAUGGACGUUUCACAGAGUAGUGAUGAUAACAGUUCUGAUGAUGACUCCGAGGAAUGUUCCUGCAGGCAUGGACGAUGUGUCCGGGGACGAAACAGGUGCGAAUGCUAUAAAGGCUUCCAGCUGGACAGCAGUGGGAAAUGCAGAGAUAUCAACGAAUGUCGUGAGCUACAUCGCAAGCGGUUCCUCUGCAAGAACGCACGUUGCGUAAAUACCAUCGGAUCGUACCGGUGUGCUUGCUAUCAGGGCUUCGUGCCUACGAGGCGCCACAACAUCUGCAUACGUCGGAAGAUGAGUUAGGCCGCAGUGCGGGCAACGCAUCAACAAAAGAUUAUCCUCGUCGUCCAUAUUUUGGCCUGCCAAUCCUCAAAAGGAAAUACUUAUCAAAUAUUAACAUUGAAAAUAUCUGUUUUAAUUUUUGGAAACACCAUUUAAUAUUUUGAAAAAAUGGGAAAGGCAUCUAAUUUUACUGUUAUCCCAUUUCAUACCCACUGUUCGUGGAGUUUAUUUGUCCAAUUUGUGUUUUAUAUUGAUUGUGUUUUCUAAAAAAACAAGUGGGAUUUGACACACUCAAUAUGGCGGCUACAUAGAAAACAUGGACACUAUUGUUUAUAGGAUAAACCAAAGAACUGCAGGACACUCAAUGUGGUGACAUGUAUCAUUAUCUCGAGGAGAUUUAAAUAUGCAGGCACUCGUCAACCAGAAAGAGAAUUCAAGCCUGGCAACUUCAGUAUGUGGCAGCAGAUGUAAUUACAUCAACUGCCAUAUUGAGUGUACCAACAGCUAUUGGAAUGGUAGAGCUGGAGUGGGAUCUGCCUGGAAGCCACCGCUUCAGACUGAACUGUGAUGUAGAUAAUUAAUAAAAAGAAAUGAACUUACCAGCCAACCAGUUGAUGUGCAGCUAGAAGGCACUUCCUCAACAAAGUUUGGCGUGCAAAGUAGAAAUUAAUUUAGGUUUAGUAGAUGUAAGAGGUCUGGACAUAGUUGAAGGGAAAAACAGUUUGCAUUGGAGAUAGGAUCAGGAACAUGAGGGUACAUAUUUAAUGUGACAGGCAAAAGGUGAUAAGAAAAAAAACUUUACGUGCAAUUAGGAACUGGAAUACACAGUGGUGAAGGUUCAAUUAAAGCCUUCAGGAUAGAACUGAAUAAUUAUUUGAAAAGGAAAGAAUUGCAGGGCUAUAGGAAGUGGCACUGGGUGAACUGAAUCCUUUAGAAAGCCAUCAGACAUGAUGUGUGCCUAGAACAAUUGAGAGAAUUGGCAAAAUGGCCAGUCACUUCAAUCAAGGCCAAGUUUUUUUUAUUUCAUUUGGCAUUCAGCUUCCCAAGUAUAUUGGGAUUCACACAAAAUUAACCCCAAAACUUAGCAUCAACUUAAGAUUUCAUCUGCCAAGUUCAAUUGUUCCCUACAGUGCCAGUGCAUGGUCUAAAGCACAGUUAAGAGGAACACAAAGUAGGAUAAGGCAAAGAAUACGGCAUUGUAACAUCACACAGGGAGGCGCUGUGUGCACACACAUGCAUGCUCCAUUGAGUCUACCCCAAAGUUCUCUGGACAGUUGCCGGCACUGUUUGACAAAGAUAAGGCACAACAGUAAAAUAACCAAGAGUUUCAAGGGGAUCCAUAGAUCAAGAAGGUAAUUAAAAAGGUGCAAAGGAGAGAGAAAUACUGGAGGCAAGAAAAGUUAUUCACUCAUCUAUCUCUUGUUAAUACCCUGCCUGAAAAAGAUAUUAAAGUAAACUCAAUGAGAAAGCUCCCUUUCUUAAAAUACUUUGACACAUCUAUUGCAUUGGAAAGGAUGGAUUUGAAAUUCCUACCGUCCUUUUAGAUAUAUCUUUACCAUAAAAAGAGAAAAGCUUUCCCACGUAGUCCUUGUAUUUUUAGAUCUGCAGAUGCUAUAACCCCGCAUCCCAGUAGGAGUCUGAGCUUUCAGGACCAUAAACUAUUAUCUAACUCACCUAAAUAGGUUUCCUCCGGAUGCUCCGGUUUCUUCCCACAAUCCAAAAAUGUGCAGGUUAAGUGAAUUGGCCAUGCUAAAUUUCCCAUAGUGUUAGGUGAAGGGGUAAAUGUAGGGGAAUGGGUCUGGGUUGCGCUUCAGCGGGUCAGUGUGGACUUGUUGGGCCGAACGGCCUGUUUCCACACUAUAAGUAAUCUAAACUAAUUGAAAGAAUGCCAAUGAUUAUGAACCAUGUUGGUCAAAGUCAGAAUAAAUCCAAACCAUCCCCAUUCCCUUUUCCCACACAGAUAUGGAUCGACCUUUCCACUUACUCCAACUGUACACAAUUCCAAUGUACCAAGUCGCUUCUGUUUUAAGAACAAAUUACUACAGUCACUUGAAUCCAUACUGAAAACAAAUAAAUGCUGGAGAUCAAAGUAGGUCAGGCAGCAUCCAUGGAAAGCAAGUUAAUGUCAAGUCUAGAUAACUCAUCAGAAUUAACAGUGCAAGUAGUCUACAGGAAGUUUCUCUGAUCCCAGGUUACAAUCUAUGACAACUGGAUUCCGCAUGCUGUGAACAUCCUGAUCUGAACACCAGCUGAGAAUUACAGCAGUUCUUGAUGCAGAAUUAAUCUGCACCAUGCCCUCUCCGUGGUGCUGAUUGUCACUGCACCAAGGGAAUAUUACUUCCUUUCUUUGACCUCCCAUUAUGAAGUUGCUGACAGUUUUAAAGGUGCAUGCCUCACCCAAGUCAAUUCUUCACGUGAUUUGCUGUGUAUCUUUGCAGGCUAUUCAAUGGUGAGGACACCAUAGCCACAUCUAUUCCCAAGUGAUAUCUGUACAUAUUAAGCAGGAGUCACUGACUGAGACAGGAAACAGGAAUAUUAGGUGAUUGCCCCAUCCCUAGCCUGGAACAUUGGAAGAGUGAGGGAAUAUAUAGCAAAAGAGACUGUGCACUUCAAGAGAGGUAAUUCAACUGAAAUAAGAACUGACAGCAGCCUUCGUGUCAAAUAUUUAUUUUCAUAGAUGUCUUAUUUUUUAAAGCUUCAACAGAUUUGAAAUAAACUUUUUAUUCUACACGA